AUGGAAUUUUGUAAGAUUUCAUCAGUCUGGAUUUCUCUCGUAGCCUUAUCCUUACUCCAUUCCAUUUAUGCACAGGACAGAAUCAUAGACUUCCUGAACGGCCACAACUUUGCUCGAAGGGAGGUAGGUAACAAAGACCUGGAGUGGGAUCCUGUACUAGAGCGUUAUGCUACUGACUAUGCCAAAAAACACAUUCAUGACUGCCAACUUAUCCACACCGGUGGUCCAUACGGUGAAAACCUUGCCUCGAGCCCUAUUGAGAUGUUCGGCUUAGAUGCUGUGAGCAUGUGGGUGUAUGAGAAGAAAAAUUACAACUACGAGACGAAAUCUUGCGUCGGUGGCGAAUGUGGGCAUUAUUUGCAGGUCAUUUGGAAUACCACGACUCAUCUGGGGUGUGCCAAAUUGAGGUGCAACAAUGGGGGUACUUGGAUCGGGUGCAACUAUAAUCCCCCUCCACAGGGAGACUUGCCUUACUAA